AAAAAAGCGGCGCCGUUACAAAUGCAAUUGGAGAACUCGGUGCUCUUCUACUCUGCUUGAAGGCCGCGCAGCUCAGAGGCAAACAGUCUUUGCUGUAUCGUUUCAAAUGGAGACAAUCUGCCCAAUAGACACUGCGCUUGCCAGUGAAAUCUCUCACCUUCUCACAUCUCCUUCGCCUCUCCAAGUUCAGGAGUAUUUCGAUAACCUUAUAUCGACGAGAAAAUGCCAUGGUAUCAAAGUGAAACCAAAUGGAGAAUUUGGAAAGGGUGUCUAUGCUGACUUGGACUUCAAGAAAGGGGAACUUGUUUUUAAAGACCAAUUGCUUGUGGGUGCCCAACAUUGUUCAAACAAGAUUGACUGUUUAGUGUGUAGCUUCUGUUUUUGUUUUAUUGGAUCGAUAGAACUUCAAAUUGGAAGGAGACUUUAUUUGCAAGGUCUAGGUGUUUCUAUGAAUCAUGAAUCUGAUAUGGAGACCUUUAAACACAUAUCAAAAGAUUGCAGCAAAACUGAUUCCUACGAUGGAGAAUAUGAUUCCCUUUUGGAAAACCAUGACAACUUGGAAAAUUGUGCUUCUAGCAGUUCCAAACAGAUAUUCACUUUCCCCAAAGAUGUUGUAGAAUCAUUAAUGAAUGGUGAACUGAUUUUGCCUUACUCCAAACAGUUCUCCUUGCCUCCACCUGUUCCAUGUGCUGGUGGAUGUGGAGAAGCUUAUUACUGCAGCAAAUCAUGUGCAGAGGCCGAUUGGGAACUGUCUCAUUCCUUACUUUGCAUUGGGGAGAGGUCAAAAUCAUCAUGUCGGGAGGCACUUAUAAAGUUUAUGCAGCAUGCUAACGAAACAAACGAUAUUUUUCUCGUUGCUGCGAAGGUUAUCUCUUCCACCAUACUAAGGUAUAGGAAACUGAAAGCAACUCAUCUCAAAGAAGACAAUAAGUGUGCCAAACCUAAUGUUUCGGACCAUUCUGAUAUAUCUUUACUGUUGGAGGCAUGGAAGCCAGUUUCAAUGGGACACAAGAGAAGGUGGUGGGACUGCAUUGCAUUGCCAGACGAUGUUGAUUCUUCUGAUGAAUCUGCUUUCAGGAUGCAGAUAAGAGAGCUGGCAUUCACGUCACUACAACUUCUCAAGGCAGCCAUAUUUGACAAGGAAUGUGAGCCAUUGUUUUCCCUGGAGACCUAUGGGCACAUUAUUGGCAUGUUUGAGCUGAAUAAUCUUGAUUUGGUUGUAGCAUCCCCAGUGGAAGAUUACUUUUUAUACAUCGAUGAUCUUCCAUAUACUGAAAAGCAAGAAGCAGAGCAAGUUACGCAACCAUUUCUUGAUGCUCUUGGAGAUGACUAUUCAGUUUGUUGCCAGGGCACCGGCUUUUUUCCUUUGCAAAGUUGUAUGAACCAUUCCUGUUGUCCUAAUGCGAAAGCAUUUAAACGAGAAGAGGAUAGAGAUGGUCAAGCGACAUUAAUUGCACUCGGUCCCAUCAGCAAAGGAGAAGAGGUUACCAUUUCGUAUGUAGAUGAGGACCUUCCAUUGGAAGAGAGGCAGGCAUUGCUUGCUGAUUAUGGUUUCAAAUGCAAGUGCCCCAAGUGUUUACAAGAAGAGACAUGAUCAAGACAUUCCCAAAUUUCAAUCCUAGGAUUCAGUCUUGACACUUGUACUGGAAACAAUAUUAAAUCCUAGGAUUCAGUCUCGAAUAUUUAUUUAAAAAAUUUUAAAGAAUAUAUACUAUGAUAAAGAUCAAAAUGCUUACUUGCAUAUUAUUCCACAUGAAAUAUAUGUAACUUAGGAGAUAAGGCCACAA